AUGCCCGACAAGAUCGAGAGGGAAGAAAACCUUCUCGGAAAAACGCUUAAAGAAAAUGUUAGCCUUACAGAAGAAGAGCUGGCAGCAGUCAAUACCAAGAAGGGCCUCCUGCAGCUUUUAUCGACUAAAAAUAUCGAUGUCUCCAAAGCCCUGGCAACGCUUCAAUAUGAGCGCGAACUGGAAAAGCUUCAGAUCGAACUUGUCAAACUGCAACGCUCGGUGCAGUUGGAGGGGCGUCGGGUUGCGAUCAUUGUAGAAGGUCGAGACGCAGCUGGAAAAGGUGGCACGAUUCGUCGCUUCAUUGAACACAUGAAUCCGCGUAGCGCCCGUGUGGUCGCGUUGCCGAAACCUACCGAAGUGGAAAAGGGGCAAUGGUAUUUUCAGCGUUAUACCGAACAGCUGCCUAACCCGGGUGAAAUCGCAUUCUUUGACCGCAGCUGGUACAACCGCGCGGUUGUCGAACCCGUCAUGAAUUUCUGCACGGAGCAGCAGCACCGCGGCUUCAUGCAACAGGUCCCUGAAUAUGAGCAUAUGCUCUAUGAAGAUGGCGUGGAAUUGAUCAAAUUCUGGUUCUCAAUCUCAAAAGACGUACAGGAAGAGCGCUUCCAGUCCCGUCGUGUGAACCCUCUGAAACAAUGGAAAAUCAGCCCUGUGGACGAACAGGCUCAGGCUCACUGGGAUCUUUACACGAAGUAUAAAGAAGAGAUGUUCAGCAGAACCCACACGUCCUACAGCCCCUGGAUCAUCGUCAAAGCCAACAUCAAGAAAGAAGCUCGGCUGGAAAGUAUGCGUUACGCACUGUCCGUACUGAAUUACGAAGGCAAAGACAAUGCCGGUACCACCCUGGCACCAGAUCCAGAUAUUGUGGUGCGCUACCAUCGGUCUAAUCAGAGUAUUGACUAG